AAGAAUGGCCGACUUAUAGACCACAAGCAGCCCCUCUCGACACCUUCUUAGCCGCGUUCUCCGCACCCGUUUCGAACAAAGACUUCCAACUCCUCGCACCAGCACCGCGCCACACGCCACCACAAUGACCCAUCCCCGCUACUCGAAGCCAAAGUCUUUGGCCGGGCUGGGGCGCUCUGUGUCUGCCCCCUUGAUUGGCGGUCCUCAGCUGGAGCCGAUGCAGACACUUGCGUGGAAGGUCACCAGCAGUUACAGCUCCGACACGACUUUCUGCAAGCGGGCCGAUAACGAGCGCACCCCGAAGCUCGGUCUCCCUGAGAUAGUGGAAGAAGGCGACACCGAAGACGAGCUCGAGCAGACUUCGGGCGCCAGCGAGACAACUGGCUCCAGAUUCAUGUCGCAGCCCGUGACCAAUGCUGCCGCAGACGAAACACAGGCGGCCUCAGUUGCUCAAGAGGCGGAACGUUCGCACGAAACAUCCUCCAGCACCGCUUCGACCCCCGACGAAGCCGUAGCUCCAGAGGCGACGGGCACGGAAAUCGACGCGUCUGAUACGUCGUCUCAAUGGACCUUCGAGACUGCUUCCGAAGGAUACAUGGGAGAUGACGACAGAGGCAUUGAAGCUUCCAACGCGGAAACAGAUAUCGAGGACGAGGGUGAACCGGCUUUUUGCGAGGCGACUCUCCCGCGAGGUUUCCUACCGGCAAUGUGCUACGCAGGCGGAAUCAGCGGCUGGCAGUGCGCUGAGUCCGAUAACUGCACUGAAGUAUUUCUGGUACACGCAACAGACAAGAACCGUCGACGACUGCUCACCCCGGUCGAAGCCGAAAAAAUGGGCCUUCUGAACCCGUGGAUACCUGCACAGGAUCUCGAAACAUGCUUACAGGCGUUGCGAGAGAGCGGUGCUAUUGACCCUGCUCCCAACUCCGUUGACAUGGCAUCAUUGAGCAAUGUCCGCAUUAAACUGAGCUGGCCAAUGAGUACCAGAGGACGAGCUCAAACGCCGUCGCCGUCGCCGCCGCCGCCGAUGCAUGAUUUGCCUUCUAGCAGCCUAUACAUGCCGCUCUCUCCGAGUUUGAGUCGAAAUUCAACCUCGCUACUUGGUUUCUGGCUCGAGACUCCGACUUCUCCACACAAUGUCAUGCCUGAUGGCUACCACUCUGGUUCUGCUGGCUCUUCGUCUGGUAGACAACCUAAUAUGGCUGCUCAUAGCUGGCUCCCUCCAGUUGGCCCUUCGUCGUCUCUUUCGUCGUCUCCUCACUAUCAUUUGCGUCUCAACCUUUCUCUUUCGAGCCACCGUUACAGACCGUACCCGUCUUCUCAUUCGACUGCGGCGCCUUCAGCUUCUGUCCAUCCCAUGUCGGACCUGCUGUUGAACCGUCCAACAUCCACCCUAGGCAAUGUACCAGCUCAAGCUUUCUUCCCGGCUGGUUACAGGACCGCCAUCGACAAUGGCGUCCCUGCGUUCUUUGAUUCGUCGGCGGGAAUCACGAUUUUGUGCAAUAUUACUGCAGCUCCUCACGAAGCCAUGAACUCUAUGCGUAUCCCUUCCGCUCUUCCGACCGUACAUUAUGGAGAUGUCACAGCUUACAGUGAUUAUGCUCAAGGAUCAAGCACCCUGCUCCUCGGCUCUUCGAUUCUACCAACUGCAAAUCUUCCCACCUCGGAUUAUCAUGCUCAUGAACCGUUUCAGACCGAACCCAGCUACGCUACGCCACAUUCUUCGGGCGAUCUAGGUAUGACGUCGGUGUACUCAGCGUUCAGUGGUCGAGGGCUUACUCAGAAUCACCAAGAUCUCGGCCUGCUCGAUAACUUGACGAGCGAACUGACAGAAGAACCGACACCCGCGCAAUUCUUCGUGUCGGACGCCAUGCCGAUGCAGGGCCAUUACCUGGACGACUUCGUAUACACAAAUUUUUAUUCGAUGCCGACGUAUGACCAGUAUCCUCAGGGCGGAUACCAGAUAGAGGUGCGUGUUCUCCCACUGGAACCCUGCGACACUCCAGGUCUAACAAUCGGGGUGAUUGGGAGGUCUCGCUAUCUUAUCGCCUUAUCGCGUACUUGCCGUUUCUGUUCAAAUGAGUCAGCGAGUUUAUGUACAUUCAACUCGACCCAGCCCUCGCGAAGUAAUAUUGCUGACUGA